CUCAGCGCUCCUUUUCCCCCAACAUACUACUACUAAUACCAUCGCUUCCCUCCCCUCCCCUCCCCUCCCCGGUUACAGCUGGCACCUUUCUGAUCCUCUGCGAGGACUCCCCUUUCUUUCUUACCCUCUUCCUGUCUCGCAUCCUUCGAUUCUCUUCUCUCUACCUUCGUCUCCAUGACCCGCCCGGAGGACGACCUGGCCUAUGGCCAGUACCACCCAGACUCCACUCGUGGAGCCUCCACCGACACCGCCAGAGGAUUUGUCGGUGACACCUUCAAGAAGCUGAAGCAGUCUUACAAGCCCCAGGCUCAACAGGGCUCUUCCCAGCCGUCUCAGCAAUCCCAGCAAUACGGGGCUCAGAACCAGACCUACCAGUCCCAAGGUCCCUCCCAGUCCCAGCAAUACCCCGCGAAUCCUACACCACAACAGCAAAAUCAGAAACCGCAGAAGCAGGACAAAUUCUCGGGAUUGUUUGGCAAGCUCGAGGAGCUCGGCAACGAGGUUGCACAGAAAAUCGGCACGGCUCUCGAUCCCCAGGCCUAUGCUGAGUAUGGCGCACCGAAGCCGCAGGCGGAGAACCGGUUCGGGAGCUUUGCUCCCCCGCGUCAGGGCAACGAGGUGAAGUGGCACGUGGACGGUUGCGCGUACUUUUAUGCCGUCUCUAAGGCGUUGGAGAGUGCAAAGGAAUAUAUCUGGAUUCUGGACUGGUGGCUCUCGCCAGAACUUUACCUGAGACGCCCCCCGGCGAAGAAUGAACAGUACCGGUUGGAUCGGAUGCUGCUCGCAGCGGCGCAGCGGGGAGUUCGGGUCAACAUCAUUGUCUAUAAGGAGGUGACUCAGGCAUUGACCCUCUCCUCUCACCACACAAAACACCACCUGGAAGACAUGCAUCCCAACAUUGCGGUGUUCCGUCACCCCGACCAUCUCCCUGACCGCCAGGAAUUGGCGGCAUCCAUACACACAUCCCUCCAGACCAUGUCGCUCGAUGGCGGAAACCUUGCUAAGAUGUCUGAAGAUGCUAUCAAGGGUCUCUAUGGCAUGCGCGAGGACGUGAUCCUGUACUGGGCACACCACGAGAAGCUUUGCCUCAUUGACGGCCGCGUCGCAUUCAUGGGUGGCUUGGACUUGUGCUUUGGCCGCUGGGAUACGAACCAGCAUGAGCUUGCCGAUGUGCAUGGCCAGGACCUGAAUGAGAUUGUAUUCCCGGGUCAGGAUUACAACAACGCCAGAGUGAGUGACUUCCACGACGUUGCCCACUGGGAGCAGAACCAGCUGGAUCGGAAGAAGACUUCUCGCAUGGGCUGGUCCGAUAUCUCGGUCAGUUUGCACGGCCAGGUCGUGGAAGAUCUCCGGAAGCACUUUGUCCAGCGGUGGAACUUCAUCUAUGACUUGAAGUAUCAGUCGCGCAACAACUCGAGGUACUCGAGAUUGGCAUUGUACGGUCGGCCUACCUCGAGUGCCCAGCAACAGGGCCAGCAGCAGGGUGGGCAGGCCCAGAAGCCGCCAUCAUCGCCCCAGCUUGGUGCGAGCGCUGCUCCUGCGGCACCAAGCUGGCAACAGCAAGCAGCAUCCCCGCAGCCUGGGGCGAACCCUGGGCCUCCCACUCCCAGCUGGCAGCAGCAGGCAGCCCCGUCCCAGCCUAGCGGUCAGCCUUCGAACCCUGCCAGUCCUGCUGCACCCACCUGGCAGCAGCACUCGGCGUCACCCCAACAGAGUGGCUAUCCCGCCCCUAACACGGGCAGUCAGGAAAAGCCCAGCUGGCAACAACAGGAAACGCCAUCGCAACCCAGCGGCUACAACCCCCAGACGCCUAACGCGGCCGCACCCAGCUGGCAGCAUGCAGCGUCACCCCAGCAGCAAGGUGGCUAUCCAGCCAGCUCCGCUCCUAACAUGGGCAGUCAGGAGAAUCCCAACUGGCAGCAACAGGCAGCGCCAUCGCAAUCCAGCGGCUACAACCCCCAGACGCCUAACACGGGCGGCUCGGCUGCACCUAACUGGCAGCAUGCAGCGUCACCCCAGCAGCAGGGUGGAUAUUCCGCCAGCCCGACCCCCAACACGCAGGAGAAGCCAAAUUGGCAACAGCAGAGCUCUGAGCCUCCCGCGUACUCGGCCCAAGGCGCCACACAGCACUAUAGUUAUACUGGCGAUUCGUUCCCCCCGCCGCCUUCUGGUCCUCCUCCCGCCCAGACUUCUGCUCAAGCCCAGUACCAGCCCCAGCAGCAGGCUCAGACCCAGAGUCAGAACCAAGCGCCCUACUACCCGCCUCCCCCGGCUCAAGGGCUGCAGCACUCGCAAACACGCGGAGUCCAUGAUGCCCACCAUGGCGGAUAUGCUGACUCCGAGAGAGGCUUUGGCCGUCUGCGUGAGAACUUCAUGGGCUAUAGCAACACUCUCCGUGGUGAAUUGGCAGGUCAGAUCCACCAGUACCAGGAUCGAUUCUCUGGCCACGCACGUCAAACCAGCCAGCCCCGGGGUGGUAUGACUUGCCAGAUCGUCCGCAGCUGCUCGAAAUGGAGCAACGGAACCCCGACCGAGCACUCCAUUCAGGAUGCGUAUGCUGCGAUCAUUCGCAACAGUCAGCACUUCAUCUACAUCGAAAACCAGUUCUUCAUCACGGCCACCAGUGACGCGCAGAAGCCUGUGCAGAACAAGAUCGGCGCUGCGAUUGUGGAGCGUAUCCUCCGUGCUGCCCGGGCUGGUGAGAAGUUCAAGAUUGUGGUCGUUAUCCCGUCUGUCCCCUGCUUUGCUGGUGACCUGAGCGACGAGUCCACCCUGGGCACCCGCGCGAUCAUGGAGUUCCAGUACAACUGCAUCAACCGCGGAGGCAGCAGCAUCAUGGAGCUGAUUGCCAAGGAGGGAUUCAACCCGAUGGAUUACAUCCGGUUCUACAACCUGCGCAACUACGAUCGCAUCAAUGUCAGCGGCCCCUUGAUGGAGGCUGAGCAGAGAAGCGGCGUCAAUUACGAGGAUGCCCGGAAGCAACAGGAUGUGACGACUGGUGGCCCUGGCGGUUAUGGCCCAGGUGCUCCUCGGGCGGCUUUCGACACCACCGCUCCUUAUCAGCAGUACCAGCAAGCUGCCCAGCAAGUUGCGAGUGGCAAGUCUGCUCCUGGCAAGUGGGACAGUGUGAGCAGCUGCUACAUGCUUAAUGGCGAGGACAUCCGCAAUGUUCCUUGGGAGGGACCUGCGGAGGCUGAGAUCGAUGCGUUCGUCACCGAGGAACUCUAUGUUCACUCCAAGGUCAUGAUCGCUGACGACCGUGUUGCCAUUGUCGGAUCGGCCAACCUGAACGAUCGUUCUCAACUGGGAACCCACGACUCGGAAAUUGCCAUCAUCGUCGAGGACUACACGCCUGUGCACUCCCGCAUGAACGGCCAGCCGUGGACUGCCAGUCGUUUUGCUGCAUCCCUCCGUCGCCAGCUCUUCCGCAAGCACCUUGGCCUGUUGCCACCCCAGGACCCGGAGCAACCGGAUAACAACUAUGAGCCGGUGGGAGUUCCGAACACCCUUGACUUUGAGUCGCCAGAAAGUCAGAUUGUGGCCGAUCCGCUAGCGGAUACUGUGAACAGUAUGUGGAACACGCGGGCUCGGACGAACACCGAGGUGUUCCGUAAGGUCUUCCACUCGGUUCCAGAUGACACGGUGCGCAACUGGGCUACGUACAAGGAGUUUUACGGAUACUACUUCCACAACGCCGACAAGCAGGCAUACGGUGAAGACGAAUCCAAGCCUGCUCGGUACGGAUAUGGACAUGUGGUCCGGGACGACUUCCCUCCGGGCCCGGAGGGUGUCAGACAAGUCAAAGAACUGCUCAGCCAGGUCAAGGGCACCUUGGUGGAGAUGCCUUUGAUGUUCCUGAUCGAGGAGGAUGUGGCAAAGGAGGGGCUGACGUUGAACGAGUUGACGGAGCCGAUUUACACUUGAUUGGUGCUGUCUAGUUACGAAUUUCUUUCAG